CUCCAGCCGGAGGAGAUGAGAAAGGAGCCAGAUAAUACCUCUUUUUCCAGCCCAAGUUAGACGAGAGGCCAGCACUUACUUUACUAUUGCCCACAAAUGGCGUGGGCGCCAGAGCAGAAGAUGAUAGAACCUACUUUGAGAGAUCUGCGAGAUCGCCAGGAAAGACAUGAAGGCCAAGGCCAAAGCGGCUAUAGAAACUCUUGUUAAGAAACAAGAAAGAACCUACAGUUCAGAAUGCAGUGUUGAUAGUCAUGCCUCUCAAGCUUUUGCCGAGAGAGGCUGGAGCAGAAAUAACACCACCAGAGCCACUCAGCCCAAAGAUGACACCACCAAAGCAACCCAGCCCAGAGACUAUGCGGCCAUCGUGGCCCAGCCCGGAGAUAACAAUGCCGUCAGAAGGGCCCAGCCAGGAGACGACGUGGCCAGAGAGGCCCAGGCUGAAGACGACAACACCACCAGAGGGGCCCAGCCCAGAGAAACUGCCUCCAGAGCUUCCCAGCCCAGAGACAAGGAUGCGGACAGAGACCACGCAGCCAGAGAGGCUCAGGCCAAAGACCCCAGAAUGGCCCAGCCUAGAGACUAUGCGGCCAUCGUGGCCCAGCCCGGAGAUAACAAUGCCGUCAGAAGGGCCCAGCCAGGAGACGACGUGGCCAGAGAGGCCCAGGCUGAAGACGACAACACCACCAGAGGGGCCCAGCCCAGAGAAACUGCCUCCAGAGCUUCCCAGCCCAGAGACAAGGAUGCGGACAGAGACCACGCAGCCAGAGAGGCUCAGGCCAAAGACACCAGAAUGGCCCAGCCUAGAGACUAUGCGGCCAUAGUGGCCCAGCCCAGAGAUGACAAGCCCAGAGCCGCCCAGCCAAAAGAUGUCACUGCUAGAGCAGCUCAGCCACGGAUAGACUGGGAUCAAGUAAAAGCUGGAGUGGUAGAGUGGAAGAAAAGAAAAUGGGCAGAUUUACCACCAAUUAAGAAAAACGUAUACAUAGAAUCCCAAGCAACACACUCAUUGUCUGAAGCCCAAGUGGAAAUUUGGAGAAAGGAAAAUUUCAACAUAACGUGUGAUGACUUGACAGAGGGUGAGAAACGUCCCAUACCCAAGCCCACCUGUACAUUCGAAGAUGCUUUCCAACAAUAUCCUGAGAUUAUGCAAAGCAUUAGGAGAGCUGGUUUUCAAAAGCCAACGCCAAUUCAGUCUCAGGCAUGGCCAGUAAUUCUACAAGGAAUAGAUCUUAUAGGGAUUGCGCAAACUGGAACAGGCAAAACACUAUCCUAUUUAAUGCCUGGGUUUAUACAUAUACAUUCUCAACCAGUAUCCAGAAAGCAAAGGAAUGGACCUGGCAUGCUAGUCCUUACACCCACUAGAGAAUUAGCUCUGCAAGUAGAAGCUGAAUGCUCUAAGUACUUAUAUAAAGGUCUUAAAAGUGUUUGUAUAUAUGGUGGUGGAAACAGAAAAGGACAAAUACAAGAUGUUACCGAAGGUGUAGACAUCAUUAUUGCAACACCUGGAAGACUGAAUGAUCUACAAAUGAAUAAUUUUGUCAACCUAAGAAGCAUAACCUACUUGGUCUUGGAUGAGGCAGAUAAAAUGCUGGAUCUGGGGUUUGAACACCAAAUAAUGAAGAUCUUAUUAGAUGUGCGCCCAGAUAGACAGACUGUUAUGACAAGCGCAUCUUGGCCAGACUCUACCCGUAGAUUGGCCCAGUCUUAUUUGAAACAGCCUAUGAUUGUUUAUGUUGGUACUCUGGAUCUAGUUACUGUAAAUACUGUGAAGCAAAACAUAAUUGUUACCACUGAAGAGGAAAAACGAUCUCUGAUGCAAGAAUUCCUACAGAGUCUGUCACCCAAAGACAAAGUCAUCAUGUUUGUCAGCAGAAAACUUGUGGCUGAUGACUUGUCAAGUGAUUUAAGUAUUCGAGGAAUACCUGUCCAGUCCCUGCAUGGUGACAGGGAACAGAGUGAUCGAGACCAAGCAUUAGAGGACUUCAGAAGUGGGCGAGUGAAAAUACUGAUCGCUACCGAUUUAGCAGCCAGAGGUCUUGAUGUCAGUGAUGUCACACACGUAUAUAAUUACAAUUUUCCACGCAAUAUUGAAGAAUAUGUACACCGAGUUGGACGCACUGGAAGAGCAGGGAAAACAGGUGAAUCAAUCACCCUUGUGACCCAACAUGAUUGGAAAAUUGCCGAUGAGUUGAUUAAAAUUCUCCAAAGAGCCAACCAGAUUGUGCCACCCAAACUCCGAUCAAUGGCUGAUCGGUUUAAGAAGCGUAAGCAAAACUAGGAGAUAGGAAAAAGAUCAAAGAAAUCUCAGGAAAAAUGCACUGAGUUUUAUUAACAUCCACACCUUGAAAAAUUUCACCUACUAGAAUAUCUAAGAAUUGGAUUUAUUAACAUCUGCACCUUGAAAAAUUGUACCUACAAGAAUAUCCAAGACUGAGUUUAAUUGAUGUUUCCACCUUGACAAGUUGAACCUAAGAGAAGAUCCAAGAUUGAAUUUUACUGAUGUCUCCCACCUUGAAAAGGUGUACCUACAAGAAGAUCUAAGAUCAAGUUUUAUCAUGUCUACAACUUG